UUUUUUUUCCCCCUGGGAGUUGAAAAGUGAACUCGACUCGGAAUGGUUGUCCUGUCACUUUGGUGGCUAGCAGCCGUCCUGGGAGAGAUGAAGACCUCAGCGGAUGGACAAGCUAUUAAUGAAGAAAUGGUGCAAAUAGAUUUACCAAUAAGGAACCAGAGAGAGUAUGAGCUGGUGACUCCAGUCAGCACAAACCUAGAAGGACUGUAUAUCUCCCAUGUUCUUUCUGCAAAUCACAAAAAGAGGUCAACAAGGGAUGUGUCUUCCAACUCAGAGCAUUUGUUCUUUAACAUCUCAGCAUUUGGGAGAGAUUUUCAUCUUCGACUAAAACCCAAUUCUCAGCUAGUAGCACCUGGGGCUGUUGUGGAAUGGCAUGAGACUGCUCUUGUUCCUGGGAAUAUAACCAGCUCCAUUAAUGAUCAUCAACCAGGUGGUACUUCUGAAAGAAUCUGGAAAACCGAACCUUUGCAGACUAACUGUGCUUAUGUUGGUGACAUCAUGGACAUUCCAGGAACCUCUGUUGCCAUUAGCAACUGUGAUGGUCUGGCUGGGAUGAUAAAAAGUGAUAAUGAUGAAUAUUUCAUUGAACCCUUGGAAAGAGGUAAACAGAUGGAGGAAGAAAAAGGAAGAAUUCAUAUUGUCUACAAGAGAUCAGCAGUCGAACGGUCCCCCAUAGACAUGUCAAAAGACUUUCACUAUCCAGAUUCAAAUCGGGAAGGCUUUGGUGACCUCGGUACUCUUUAUAGCAACAUUGAUCAGCAACUGAAUGAAACUAUGAGGCGCCGCAGACAUGCAGGAGAAAGUGAUUACAACAUUGAGGUGCUGCUGGGCGUGGAUGAUUCUGUGGUUCGUUUCCAUGGCAAAGAACAUGUCCAAAACUACCUCCUCACACUGAUGAACAUUGUGAAUGAAAUUUACCAUGAUGAGUCCCUUGGAGUACAUAUAAAUGUGGUCCUGGUACGCAUGAUAAUGCUCGGUUAUGCAAAGUCAAUUAGCCUUAUAGAAAGAGGAAACCCAUCCAGGAGUUUGGAAAAUGUGUGCCGCUGGGCUUGCCAACAACAAAAACCUGAUCCCAACCACUCUGAACACCAUGACCAUGCAAUUUUCUUAACUAGGCAAGAUUUUGGACCUGCUGGAAUGCAAGGAUAUGCACCCGUCACAGGCAUGUGUCAUCCAGUAAGAAGUUGUACUCUAAAUCAUGAGGAUGGUUUUUCAUCUGCUUUUGUAGUCGCCCAUGAAACCGGCCAUGUGUUAGGAAUGGAACAUGAUGGACAAGGCAAUAGGUGUGGAGAUGAAACUGCAAUGGGAAGUGUCAUGGCUCCCUUGGUGCAAGCAGCAUUUCAUCGUUAUCACUGGUCCCGAUGCAGCGGCCAAGAACUGAAAAGAUACAUUCAUUCCUAUGACUGUCUCCUUGAUGACCCUUUUGAACAUAAUUGGCCCAAACUCCCAGAACUUCCUGGAAUUAAUUAUUCUAUGGAUGAGCAAUGUCGUUUUGACUUUGGAGUUGGUUAUAAAAUGUGCACUGCGUUCCGAACCUUUGAUCCAUGUAAACAGCUCUGGUGCAGUCACCCUGAUAAUCCCUACUUCUGUAAAACCAAAAAGGGUCCUCCACUAGAUGGGACUGAAUGUGCUGCUGGAAAAUGGUGCUAUAAGGGCCAUUGCAUGUGGAAGAAUGCUAACCAACAAAAACAAGAUGGCAAUUGGGGCUCAUGGACAAAAUUUGGGUCUUGUUCCCGAACAUGUGGAACUGGGGUUCGUUUCAGAACACGUCAGUGCAAUAAUCCAACGCCCAUCAAUGGUGGUCAGGAUUGUCCUGGUGUUAAUUUUGAGUACCAGCUCUGUGGUACAGAAGAAUGCCAAAAGCACUUUGAGGACUUCAGAGCCCAGCAGUGCCAGCAGCGAAACUCCCACUUUGAAUACCAGAAUAGCAAACACCAUUGGUUACCCUAUGAACAUCCUGACUCCAAGAAAAGAUGCCACCUUUAUUGUCAAUCAAAAGAGACAGGAGGUGUAGCUUAUAUGAAGCAGCUGGUACAUGAUGGAACACGAUGUUCCUACAAAGAUCCAUAUAGUAUAUGUGUCCGGGGAGAGUGUGUGAAAGUGGGCUGUGAUAAAGAAAUCGGUUCUAAUAAAGUUGAAGAUAAGUGUGGUGUCUGUGGAGGAGAUAAUUCUCACUGUAGAACUGUAAAAGGAACAUUUACCAGAAUACCCCGGAAACUUGGGUACCUUAAGAUGUUUGAUAUACCCCCUGGUGCCAGACAUGUGUUAAUCCAAGAAGACGAGGCUUCUCCUCAUAUUCUUGCUAUUAAGAACCAGGCUACGGGCCACUAUAUUUUGAAUGGCAAAGGGGAGGAAGCCAAAUCACGAACCUUCAUAGAUCUUGGUGUGGAAUGGGAUUAUACCAUUGAAGAUGACAUUGAAACUCUUCACACUGAUGGACCAUUACAUGAUCCAGUCAUUGUUUUGAUUAUACCUCAGGAGAAUGAUACCCGCUCUAGCCUGACAUAUAAAUAUAUCAUCCAUGAAGACUCUGCACCUACAAUCAACAACAACAAUGUCAUCCAGGAAGAAUUAGACACUUUUGAGUGGGCUUUGAAGAGCUGGUCUCAGUGUUCCAAACCCUGUGGUGGAGGUUUUCAAUACACCAAAUAUGGAUGUCGUAGGAAAAGUGACAAUAAAAUGGUCCAUCGCAACUUCUGUGAGGCCAGCAAAAAGCCAAAACCUAUUAGAAGAAUGUGCAACAUUCAAGAGUGUACACAUCCUGUUUGGGCUGCAGAGGAGUGGGAGCACUGUACCAAAACCUGUGGGAGUUCUGGCUAUCAGCUUCGCACUGUUCGCUGUCUUCAGCCACUCCAUGAUGGAACGAACCGCUCUGUUCACAGCAAGUACUGUGUGGGUGACCGUCCUGAGAGCCGCCGGCCUUGUAAUAGAAUGUCUUGCCCAGCACAGUGGAAAACAGGGCCCUGGAAUGAGUGUUCUGUAACCUGUGGUGAAGGAACGGAGGUCAGGCAGGUCCUGUGCAGGGCUGGAGACCAUUGUGAGGGUGAGAAACCAGAAUCUGUGAGAACCUGUCAGCUACCUCCCUGUAAUGAUGAGCCUUGUUUAGGAGACAAGUCUAUAUUCUGUCAAAUGGAGGUGCUGGCACGAUACUGUUCCAUACCCGGUUAUAACAAGUUAUGUUGUGAGUCCUGUAGCAAGCGUAGCAGCACCUUGCCACCACCUUACCUUCCAGAAGCUGCUGAACCUCAUGAUGAUGCUAUUUUUAACCCUAGUGACCUCCCUGGAUCUCUCAUGAUGCCUACAUCCUUGGUUCCUUAUCAGUCAGAGGGGCCAGCUGAGAGGAAGAAAUCUACAAGUAGGAUCUCUUCAGUAGGAGGUCCAAAUGCAUAUGCUGCUUUUAGACCCAAUAGUAAAUCAGAUGGUGCUACCUUAUCCCUGAGGAGAUCUCAGCAAACGGGAAGGAAGACUCUGAGACUGCUCUCCCCACCCACGAGGAGUGGUCACCUCAAUUCAUCUUCACAAAUGGCUGCUGCACCCUUUCUCACAGUCAGUGAUGCCAUCGUUGCUUCUUCUCAGACAAGAACCUCAACAAGAGAUCAAAAGACUAUUGACAAAAGACGUCCAGUAAGAUUAUCCACCCUGGAAAGAUGAAAAAAUGAAUCUCAAAGGUUAGAAAUCAGAGGGAAAUGUGGACAAGUUUCCCCUCCUCAUGGUGCAUAUAGUUUGUUUAAAAUGAAAAAUCUCUCCAGAUCAUCAACUCAUCUUUUGUCUGUAUGUGGAAGAACAAAAAGUGCUGGUUCACUUUCUUGUUGCUUUCUUCCUUGUUUUAUUCUGAAGUGACUCAUUUCCCAGAAUUUAAUUAGAAGAAAGCACCAAAGAUAAUUAAUUUGUAGAGGGAAAGUUAAGUUGCUAAUUAUGUUGGUCACU